AUGGUCAAGAUAUCAAAGAGCCUGCAGUCAAAGCACAAGGAGUCUAUGUCUCCUUGGCUAGCUGAUUAUGUCCAGUCAGUCGCAAAGACCCCGCUUCCGCUGCUGCCCAGUGAGCUCGACAAGUUUCCGUCAAGAUGGCCGUUCCCGCGGGGCGAUUUGUACCACUGGAUUCCGCUCCUCAACAGGUUCGACAACAUACUCGAGUGCUUCGUUCAAACAUACGGCCUCCAGGCCGGGCCCCAGAUGCGCGACUUUGGAUGCGAAAUCCUCCUCCAGACUACCUCCCACCAGGUCGACUUCCGCGACACCCGAAAGUGGGACGCCGCUGAGCUUGCCCGGCUUGGCUUCGGACAAGAUGGCGACAGCCAGCUGGUGUUGGCUAUCCUCAAGUUUACGCGUGGCCUCCUCCAGCACUGCGGAAACAGGAGCAUCUAUGCCAGCAGCGCCCAUCUCAGCAGCCUCCUCAACUCCGCAUCCCUGCACAUACUCAAGGCCGCCCUGCACGUUGGCCACGAGCUUGCACUGCGGUACCACGCCUCUUACAAACGCGCCAGCACGACGUCCCGCGUCUUCCACACUGCGCUUCUCCAGAACCACUACGACAUUGACCUCGAUCGAGUCCAACAGCUGGCUCAGCCGUUCAUCAAGACCCCUAUCGCCGGCUCUUCCAUACCGGCUGCGCCCGCCCAUCCCUUUGCCUCCACGCCAGCAUCCGCAAGCGCCAAGGGCAAGGAAAAGGCCGAAGGCGGACCGUCAGUUUUGGCGACUGCAACUGCCACAACGGCGACGGCGACGGCGACGGUCUCAGCCGCGACUUCGCAGAACGUCACGACCAUGUUCACGAAUGACUUUGUUGCCAUUGCAACUGAAGGCUCGACAGACCCAGACGACCAGAACGGGAACACUUCUCCCCAGUCGUGGAAGGUUUGGGGUGACGUCAAGGUCACUUACUACCCAGAACACCAUCCGCGCCAGCAAGAAAUCACAGAGAAUGACUCGCCACGAGGUCAACGCGGAUUGGUUGACUCGUAUGCGUCUGCACCCUCCACCCCUACACCACUGCGCCGCAGCUCUACCAUGGGCAGCCAAGACCGGACUCCGCGGGCGGAGCGCACGAGCGCCACAUCCGGGGUAGCAAACUCUUGGUCAGUGCCGGACGAGGCUUCGUCUCCCUUCUCACCAGUGCCGACUCGCUGGCCCGGAGGAGAUGACGGCGCGGCUUCCGGUCAGCGUACCUUUGAGAUUCCAUACCAUGCUGUACAGUCCUGCUCUGUGUAUGAGCUUAUGGCCCGCUGUCCGACCGAGAUGCCUGCACUGUCCCGCUACGAGGUGCUGAGCCGCAUUCGGACGGCCAGGGCUCUGCUUGACUCUGUGGAGCAGCGUCAGCUGGCUCUUGCUGUUCGUCUGCUUGCAAUCACCAAUUUGGCGUUUAUCCAUCCCGAGAUUGCCUUCCUUGAAAAGGUUUUGAAACAGGAUUCGGAAGAACCGAGAAGAUAUCAACUUACUUACCAACUGGCCGAGCUCAUCCGCCCUGGCGCGGGCAAAUCUCCAUUGCCUGUCUGGCUGCAAACCAUAGCCCUCCAGCUGCUGGAGAGCCUGGCUGGCUUCUCAUCUAAGAAUGCUGAUGUCAUGUCCGCGGUGAACGCGAGCGUCAAUCAUGGCGUCUUGCUCUACGUCUUACGCAAGGCGGUGGCCGACAUAAAGGAAGACAGGCCGGAGACGCCGGAAGAAGUGAUCGAAAACGACGACUGGCGCAAGCAGCUAUUCUCGCUGACGCUGCACCUCACUGCUGGCAACCGCAUGCCCGAAAUGAUGACUACAGGACUCAUGGAGAUUUUGAUCGAUGCCUUGAAUAUACGCUCGAAAAUCGCCGAACGCAACUACCUCGUUGUUGUCACCUUCCUCGACACCGUGGUUUUGAGCUUCCCGACAUCUUUCCAGCCGUUUGCAAACGCACAUGGCCUAGACGUUAUCUCAAAACUCUUGGUGGACACAGCGGCCUCGGCCAAACGAAUCGUUGAGAACGGCGACAUCACGCCGACCAACAUGCGUUGCAGCGUCAUUGACUAUGACGUCCCCUUCUACCUCCAACAGACGCUGAAAUGGCUGCUGAAAUUCAUCUAUCACCUGAUGGCAAGCUCAUUCCAGUUUGGACCUGGUACAGAUCGUCUACUCCGGAAUCUGGUUGACAAUACGCAGCUCCUGCACAGCCUGCGCACGAUCCUGGAAAAUAUGACAGUGUACGGCUCUGUUGUGUGGACGAAUGCUGCAACCGCUCUCAGCCACUUCAUCAACCAUGACCCGACCAGCUUCGUUGCCCUGUCCGAGUCGGGCCUGAUUCAGAGCUUUCUUCAGGCCAUCACUGGCCGGCCGUUGCCCACAGUCAAGCCCGAAGCUCAGGACGCUGGCAACGACACCACAGGAGUCCCAGGUGAUGAUGCCAAUGGCAGCGCUGAAACGAGCGCUUCUGCUGCAGAUGCUACAGCGACUACUGAUGCCGCAGGGAACGCCGAAAAUGCUGCUGCUGGAGGUAAUCCAAGCCGGGCAGCUGAUGAUGGCGGAAACGCGGAUGAUGAUGACGACGGAACCGGGGAUGAUCCUGAUCUAGAUGUCCCAGUCGAUACAGAGGACGCCUCUCUUGGCAUCGUCAGUCGCGAGGGCCCACUGUCCGGCGAGGAGCUGGAGCGCCCCCGUGACCACAAGCUGGCUGGAGGCAUUUUGCCGUCCACUGAAGCCAUUGGCGCCAUUCCCUCCAUCCUUAACUCGAUAUCGCUUAACAACUCGGGGCGCAGAAUGGUGGUGGAUUCAGGGGCCUUUGAAAGCUACUUUGAAAUCUUUGAGAACCCUGCUCACAUCCGCUGCAUGGAGAAUGAGCCAGGAUUGCCAGCCAACAUCGGAAGCAACUUUGACGAGCUUGCACGCCAUCACCCGUCGCUGCGAACAGCUAUCGCUAAUGCCGUUCUGGUCAUGGUGAGCCGAGUUCGUUAUCUGGCUGACACGAAGGCGCGGACGGACGCCUGGGGAGUGAAGCUUUCCCCGACGCCGCCGCAACGGUCGGUUGAUGUCGUCAAUGCUGCCGCAGCUUCAGAAGACACCGAGAUGACAGACGCAUCGGCAGCUGGCAACCCUACAUCAGAAAGUGAAACAUCGACCCCGACGACUCCAGCUUACCAUGAUGCCGGCCCAUACGUCAACGCAACGAUGUUGUUUCUCAACGCUUACCAGAACAAUGGGAGAUUGCAAGCGUUGUUCAUCCAAAAGGGCGGAAUUGAAUUGGUCCUGGACCUUGUGGCAUCUCCUGGCUUGCCUAUCAAUCAAAACCCACCCAUGUUUGCGCGAAGCCUGCAGCAUUCCACCACACAGCUGUUCGAUCAAAGUGCUGUUCUCGGCCUUCCGUCUUUGCUCUACCGGACAUUGCACUCUUUUGACGACCUUUCGCCACUGCUGAACAGCAAUGUCGGCGGUGGUGAUACCGGAAACAUUGGGAAAGGCAAAGCUGUUGACAUCGGCAGCAGCAGCGAAAGUGAAAAGCCCAACCAUGCAUCCUACUUUGCAUCUCUUAUCAACCCUGCCGGUGAGACGCCUACGGCUGACCAAGUGGCCGAAGGAACAGCCAUGGUGAAGGCGCUUGCCAAGACCCAAUCCCUGCUCAGCACGUUGCAGGUCUGCUUCCCGUUGGCAAGACAGGGAACAACUUCCUUCUAUAAUGUCAACGUCUUUGAUUAUUACGAGGACCUGAUCAAACGGCUGGGCCCCUUCCUUGUCUUCGUUAUGAACGAAGAGGAAGCCAUCUCUGCAGCAGUUCCCGACCGCUGGUCCCGAAAGCCAUCUACCUCACUAGAUGCUCUGAACAGCCAAGACGGCUCUGGAGUCGCAGAACUCGACAAGCUGACGGAGGAAGAGCAUGCAUCUGAUGCCUAUCAAAACUACCAGCUGCUUCGGACGCUGCUGUCUUCUUUCACGCCCGUGAUCGUCCAGAUUCUUCAGUCUAUGGGCAAGGCUCUUCUGCCUCGCAGGGAGAGAGAACAGUUCCAGCGGUACCACCACCUGCGGGUUGCAGAGGCGAUCGCGGGGACCAUCUUGGAUCCAUUAAAGGCGCUGGAUGUGAGUGGACCAACGGGCCACAAGCACUGCAAGGUCUUAUUGGGAGCCUUGUACGAAAUCCUGGUUGAUCACUCGCGGCACAGCGAACACGGAAACAGCAGUAUGACCCACAUUGUCGUGCCAGUGCUUCUGGCAGUCAAGUCGCUCGGCGGUUUCGAGAUUCUCAACACCAUCCUUCGUAACUUUGCCCAAGAAAUCGACCGGGACCAGCCCGAAUCGGCACACAAGCUCUUGGAGGACCCAGCAAAGGAGCCGAACGACUCACCCAAGCUGUUUCUCGCCGGCAUUGGCAUGAAGAGGAUUCUGGACCUGUACAGCGUUCUCGUCUCCGGACAAAGCAUCGAAUCGGUAGGUCUGGUCAGCAUUUUCGGACGGACAGGAGACCGCCACUAUUCGCAACAAGCCACCCACCAGCUGGUAAUUGAGGUUCGCAUGGCUAUAUUACCGGCCGUGAUGGAUCUUUGGCAGUCGUCUGUCGCUGAGAAGAUCUCAACAACCCUGCUUUCGAAGAUUGUCGAGAUUCUGAGGACUAUUGCAGCCGGGCAGAUGGAGGAAAGCAGCUUCACACGCGCGAACAAGCCCCGUGUGUCUCCUACGGCCGUGUUCGGUGGCGACCUGGUCACCUUCAACUGGACGGUGACUAGGCUGCCGGAACUGCCGAAGAUUCCCCAGGACCUGCUUGACGAAGCGUGCUACCGUAGCAAUAAUGUUCCCGAGGCCUCGCUGGAGUAUUGCAACGCACACCAAGCGGGACUUGCCGGACCACGUCAUCCAGUGCCCAUUGAAGAUACCGAAGCGCUUGUUAAGCGUCGGCGCGCAGAACUGGCACAGAGAAGUGCCCCCCAGCCAGCAGCUGGAUCGGCUGCGGCUUCGGUCACGUUGUCUGCUUCGGCGUCUGGUACUCCUGCUUCGGCUACUCCGGCCUCCUCCACUCCGGCUGUGACUGCUGGACGCGCCCCAAGACUCCCCUUUCCUAUGGACCCAAUGGCACUUGACAGCAGCCUUGGACUGGAAGACCUCUUCGAGUCUGUCGUCGGAGACGUGGGGCUUCGUGCUGUGGGAGACGCAUCCGACCCCGACCAUCCGUUGACUGCGACUCUGACGGCAUUGCCCUCGCUCCCACCGCCGAUUCUACCACCGUCUCCCCUUCGGCAGCAGCACAACGUGUCCGACGAGGCCGGUAACAACGGAUCCUCUUCGCUCACGUCAGGCGCCAGGACUGAGGCCGCUUCUAGUACGGGCCCCGACACGAAUGCAACAGUCGUUGUGCCGUCGCCUGUCACUGACGCAAAGGGCGAUACGCCGACUUCUAAUGUUGUCGUGCGAGAGGAUCUGGAGGAACAGCGGACAAAGUUGAGAGAAGAUCUGAUAGACCGCUGCCUUGCGGUCAUCCAGGUGCAUCCGGAUGCUGUGUACGAAAUCUCGGAGCUGAUCUCGACGAGCGUGUUGAAGCCAGCUGGAGUAGCCAAUGGCGCACAGGACGUGGGCGAGACCCUGACAGAAGCACUCAUGUCGUUCGCAAUCGACGAGGAGAACAAAAAGACUCACGCGCAGAGCAUUGCGGCGUACGCACACCUUCUCUGUCUUCUCAUUCGCGACGUUGACUCUUUCUUCCGCUCUACCGUUGACUCUCUGCGCCACAACAUGGACGAGCUUCUUGGCUUCCUGAAAAUCCCCUCUGGCAGUUCGUCCGAAGAGCUUCCGCCUUGGCUGCCGCACUUCUAUCUCCUCUUUGAGCUUCUCGCUACCGAGGAUGAACAGCUGCCAACGUACAAAUGGACGGUGCCUAGCCUGGACUCGGAGAAGAUGGGCGAUCCAGAAGUCGAGGUCAAGACGCCAAUUCUGAGCGACGCAAACUACAGCACUCUUCUCGAAUCUGCCCUGGAUAUCCUUCCGCGGGUUGGCAAAGACGAGGUACUGGCCGUCUCGGUCAGCCGACUCCUCGUCAUCAUGACGAGACGGCGCGAGGUGGCAAAGACUGUUGGCGACAAGAAGAAUCUACAGAGACUGUUCCUCAUGGCAAAGCAGCUGUCUGGCAUGGGGGCGAGCGGCUUCAAGGAGACUCGUAUUGGCACCAAUAUUGUGACGAUUCUCCGGCAUAUUGUCGAGGACGACGACGUGCUCCGCCAAGUGAUGCGCGCCGAGAUCCGGCUUUUCUUCGAAACGUCACCACACCGAAAUCUUCGGACGCAUGACCUGAAGGCAUUCCUGCAAUACCUAGGACAUGUUGCCCUGCGGAAUCCGAAAGUGUUCAGUUCCGUUGUCGAGGAGAUGGUGCAGAUCCACCGUUGGCCGCCUGGAGACAACCCGCUCAACUAUGCCUUCACUGUUACCCGAAAACAGAGCAAGCUCGACAGCAGCACCUUGGACAUGGCAGCCACUAGUAGCCACGACGAUUCACUCGGGCCAGCUGUCCAAUUGACAGAAGAUCUCAACAUUAACGAUGUCCGACCAUCGACAGAAACGAACGGUGCAUCCGGCAGCAACGGCGCAACACAUGGCAGCAACACUGAUAAGGACAUGCCAGAUGCUCCCAAAGCUGAGCCGACUACGGAGCACAAGCGACCCAUUGUUGAGAAUCCAGACGGUGUUAUCACCUUCCUUCUAGAACAGUUGAUGAUCUACCAGAAGGUCGACGAUGUUGAGCCCAACCAGGCGGCGAAGGAUUCUGAAAAGACUCCGUUGGGUACAGAUAUUCCACUAGCGUCUGCAUCUUCCUCCUCGGCUGCUCCCGGCACCGAGGAAGGCGCAGCAGCAUCGUCUGGGGCCAAAGCCAGCGACAGCAGCAAGGGCAAGAGCAGCGGCGACAAGAAGGCAUCCCGGGCAUUCCAGUCUUCUGAGCAUCCGAUUUUCGUGUUCCGAGGUUUCCUCGUGUUCUGCCUGACGGAGCUGCUUCACAGCUACACACGGACCAAGAUGGAGUUCAUCAACUACAAGCGCGGCGUGGCCCUCCAGACGCACACGCCUGUGAAGCCUAGAUCGAGCGUGCUGAACUACCUGCUGCACGAUGUCCUCUGCGGCGCUUACUCUGUCCCGAACGCGACGGUGGUACCAGAAGACACGAUUGUAGCUAAGAAGAAGCAGGCAAUGGCUGAUCAGGCACGGCGUCUGCUUGUUUCCCUGGUGGAGAAGACAAGCGAGCGGCCCAUUGACCGGUCACACAGCCGCUACGAGUUUGACGACGAGACUGAUCUUCUGUUCGUGCGGCGCUUCGUCCUCGACACCGUUCUCAAGGCCUACAAGGAAGCCGCCGUCUCGACUGAGCCAAUCGACGUUCGCUACGGCAAGAUGACUGCGCUCGCCGAGCUGAUGGCCGGCAUGAUUGGCGGUGACAAGGACCGUACGCUGGUCAACCACAGCCCGUUCUCGGAGACGGCCAUCGCGCACUCUCAGAUGCAGCUGCGUCGUCUCAUGUACGAGAAGGGCUUCCUGGCCGCCCUGACUGCGUCGAUUGCCGACGUCGACCUGGCGUUCCCGGGCGUGAAGCGUACUGUCAAGCAAAUACUGCGCGUUCUGAACGUGCUCACCGGCACUGCUAUCGAGCUGAGCCGCCUCAACAUCCUGACUCAUUCGUCAUCGCCUGGUCCCGUCGAAUACGAUGCGAUAUCGACCUCAUCCUUGUCCGAUAUGGAGGACGACCGCGAAGAAACGCCAGAUCUGUACCGCAACUCUUCUCUUGGCAUGCUUGAAGGAGGAGAGCCUGACGAGUUCUCGGACUCGGAAGAUGGUGAUCAAGACAUGUACGAAGGAGAAAUGGACUACGAGGACGAAAUGACGGACGAGGAUGACGAGAACGUGAGCGACGAAGACGAAGACGAGAUGGCUACAGUCGAACACCUCAACAACGAACACGGUGUUGUCGAACUUGUCAUGGAAGACGGAGAUGACCACGAGGGUCAUGAUGACGAGGACGACGAUGAGGACGACGAAGACGAGGAUGAUGACGAGGACAGUGACGAAGUCGGCUCGGAAGACAUGGAGGGCCUCGAGGAUCACAUUGAGGCGAUUGAGGAGCUCGAGGACGACGAUGGAGCGUCGGGCUGGGAAAGCGAGACGAGCGAAGACGACGAUGAGGAUGAGGAUGAGGACGACGAGGACGACGAUCACGACGACUAUGACGCGGGUGCCGGUGAUUUGCACCAGGCCCAGAUCCACCUGCCGGAUGGCGAUCCCAACGAGCAGCUUGAGGAAUUGGCACGGUCUAUGAACCCGACGUUUAUGGAGGACGAGGAUGGCGUCCGGUACGACGAUCCGUAUAUCGAAGACGAGCUCGAAGAGGACGACGAGGACGAGGACGAUGGGAUGGAGGAGGAAGAGUACAUCUACGAGCAAGGCUAUCCAGACGAGGACGGCAUGCAACAAGAUGUACCUGCUGGCUUGACCUGGGACACGCUGGUGAUUGAGCCGAACCACCAUCACCACAACCAUCACAACCAUGUGAUUGCACGCCACCGUCACGGCGGCAUGCGCAGCCCGUUCCCUCCCUUUGUCUUUGGAUCUUCGCGCGACGGUGCGGCCGACUUUGGCAACAUCUUCCGUUCCGACCGUACUGGCGCUGGAAGCGGCGCGGAAGAGGCUAUCAACCCACUGCUCCGGCGCGCAGGCGGCUCUCCGCGGGACAGCAGCCGGAACGGCCACUCUUCAGCUACAUUCCGUAUCGGCAUGCCAACGGGCGGUGCAUUCAGCGCGCCGGAGAACCCGAUCGCAUUCCUCAACGACCUGAUGGCAUCUCUGCCCAACCUUGCCGGACGUGGACAGCCAUUCCACUUCCAGAUCACGCACCAGGGUCUGCGCAACGAGUUCCGCGAGUUGACGUCGCCCAACCAUCCGGACUCCCGUCUGGGCACGGAGCUGCGGUCGGUUGAAGGCAGACGCGAAUCGCCUGUUGAGCCGCACCAGGCAAUUUCGUUCCGUGUGGCAUCUACGGGCGACCGCUGGGUACACGAGGCCAAGAUGGUGUUCGGGCCUACCUUCAACGAGAAGGCAGAAUCGUUGAUGUUCCACCGGAUCCUGUUCAUUCUCGCGCCGGCGGCCAUGGAAGAGGCUCGCAAGGAGAGGGCGCGCCUGGAGGUGGAGCGCCAGGAAAAGGCGAAGAAGAAGCUUGAGGAGGAGGAGAGGAGGAAGCGCAAGGAGGAGGAGCGACGGCAGCGCGAGGAGGAAGAAGAGAAGGAGAGGAAGGCACGCGAGAAAGAAGAGGCCGAAGAGCGCGAACGGGAGCAGGCUGAGCGCGAUGCGGAGGCCGCUGCUGCCGGUCAGACGGGCGAAGCAGCAGUGACGGGCGAAGCCGAUGGCGCAGACGAAGCGGCCGGACGAGACACGUCGGAACCGAUGGAGGGAGUGCAGGCUGACGGCGACCAGAGCCAUGUGGAAGAACCGGCGACACGGGAGGAGCCGGAAGAAGAGGUGCCGCAGCAGCGGAUCAUGACGACGAUUCGUGGCGAGGAGAUCGACGUGACAGGUCUCGGUAUCGACGCAGAGUACCUGGCGGCGCUCCCAGAAGAGUUCCGCGAGGAGGUGAUUGCCAGUACGCUGACAGCACGGCGGUCGGAGGCACGGCAGCGGGCAGAGUCGACGGGCGAGCAGAUCGAGAACUUCAACGAGUUCCUGGACGCGCUGCCGGAGGAUGUGCGGAUGGAGAUUGUGCAGCAGGAGCGGCAGGAGCAGCGACGCCGACAGCGCGAAGACAACCGACGGCAGACAAGCGGACAGGACGAAGGCGGCGACAACACGGCACAGGAGAUGGACACAGCCAGCAUCUUGAUGACGUUCCCGCUGGAGCUGCGGGAGCAGAUCCUGAUGGAGCAGGGCGACGAGCUGCACGACCUGCUGCCGCCGAAUCUGCAACACCUGGCGCCUGCGGGCGACGCGAGCGCGGCGGUUGUCAAGGUGGAGCGACGACAGGUGGUGCAGAUGAUGGACAAGACAGGAGUGGCGACGUUGCUACGGCUGCUCUUUGUGACGCAGCAAGGAUCCGCACGCAACAGCCUCUUCAGCCUCUUCAUGGACCUCUGCCAGAACCGACAGACGCGGCUAGAGAUUAUCAGCACGCUGCUGCAGGUGCUGCAGGACGGCAGUUCGGACAUGGACGCGGUCGAGCGGUGCUUCAGCCAGCUGUCGGCCAAGGCUAGGAUCCACGCGCGCGACAAGGAAGCAGCGGCCAAGAUGAUCGGGGCGUCGGGCUCGGGCGCGGCAGUGACGACGACUCCGGGCACGGCACCCGGCAGCACGCGCAAGCGGCAGCAAUCGGCGAUGCUGCAGACGCGGCUGGAGAGCUCGCCGCUGCUAAUCAUGCAGCAGUGCCUAGACUUGCUGGUGGAGCUGUGCAGCAAGAGCCUUCACAUCCCGUCGCUCUUCCUGACAGAGCACGACAUUGCCGGGGCGUCGCUGCGGAAGCCUCCGAGCAGUCGCAAGGCCAAGGCGGUACAGUCGCGGGCAUCGCGAUUCGGCAUCAACCUGCUGCUGCUGUUGCUGGAGAAGGAGCUGGUGAUGGAGAGCUCGUCGGUGAUGCAGCUGCUGGCGGACCUGCUGAACAAGGUGACAAUGCCGCUGCAGGCGCUGGAGCGUCGGCGACGGGAGGUGGAGGCACAGAAGAAGGCGGAGGAGAAGGCGGCAGAAAAGGCGGAAAAGGCACGGAUAGAGCGGGAGAAGAAGGAGGAGGAAGAGGGCACAAAAGCAGAAGAAGAGACGGGCGAAGGAACAGCUUCGCGAUCGGCAGCUGCAGCGACGCUGGUGACGAUUGCAGCAGGCGGGCCGGAAGCAGACCAGAACAAGGCGCGAGAGCUGGAGCCGCCGUUGAUUCCAGACAGCUAUAUGGCGCUGGUGGUCAACGUGUUUGUGGCGCGGGAGUGCAGCUCCAAGACGUUUCAGAACACGAUCUCGACGAUCAAGAACCUGUCGUGCAUCAGCGGGACGAAGCAGCUGUUUGGGCAGGAGCUGACACGACAGGCCAAGGCUCUGAGCGAGAAGAUCCUGGCAGACCUGGAGACACUGCUGCCGCACAUCGAGGCGGCCGAGACGGGGACGGAGAUCCAGGGGAUCGCGCUGGCCAAGUUCUCACCGGGAGCAGCGGAACAGAACAAGCUGCUGCGGGUGUUGACCGCGCUGGACCACCUGUUUGGGGUGCAGGCGAAGAAGCAGGAGGCGGCGGCGCUGGGGGGCGACGAGGCGGGCAACGGGGCAGCAGUGGGCCCUGACAGCAACGACAGCAAUGGCUCGGACGACUACAUGGGCGAGCUGUACCGCAACACGACCUUCUCGGCGAUGUGGGGACGACUAAGCGCAUGUCUGGCGGCGAUCCGGCAGCGGGACAGCAUGCUGAACGUGGCGACGAUCUUGCUGCCACUGAUCGAGUCGUUGAUGGUGGUGUGCAAGAACGCGGGCGUGGGACAGAAUGCGGGCAGCAGCAGCAGCGACGGGACGACGCCGGGCGACGAGGGCAUGACGGUGGUGUCGGAGCUGUCGAGCCCAGGAGCCCGAGCAGGCGACGAGAACGAGCCGGUGCGCGACCUCUUCUUUGAGUUUACGGAAGAGCACCGGCGCGUGCUCAACGAGCUGGUGCGCAACAACCCGAAGCUGAUGUCGGGCACGUUCUCGCUGCUGGUGCGCAAUCCCAAGGUGCUCGAGUUCGACAACAAGCGCAACUACUUCAACCGCAGCGUGCACGCCAAAGCAGGCGGCCAGACACACUCGCGGCCGUCGUUCCCGGCGCUGCAGCUGUCGGUGCGGCGAGACCAGGUGUUCCACGACUCGUUCCGGUCGCUCUACUUCAAGACGGGCGACGAGAUGAAGUACGGCAAGCUCAACAUCCGCUUCUACGGCGAGGAGGGAGUGGAUGCCGGCGGCGUGACGCGCGAGUGGUUCCAGGUGCUGGCACGCCAGAUGUUCGACGCCAACUACGCCCUCUUCAUCCCAGUCUCGUCGGACCGCACGACCUUCCACCCGAACAAGCUGAGCGGGAUCAACGACGAGCACCUAAUGUUCUUCAAGUUCAUCGGCCGCAUCAUCGGCAAGGCCCUGUACGAGGGCCGGCUGCUGGAGUGCUACUUCAGCCGGGCUGUGUACAAGCGGAUUCUAGGCAAGCCGGUCUCGGUCAAGGACAUGGAGUCAUUUGACCCGGAGUACUACAAGUCGCUCGUCUGGAUGCUGGAGAACGACAUCACGGACGUGAUCACAGAGACCUUUUCGGUCGUCGACGACGAGUUUGGCGUGACCACGGUCAAGGACCUGAUCGACGGAGGCCGCGACGUGGCCGUGACCGAGGACAACAAGCACGACUACGUCCGUCUGGUCGUCGAGCACAAGCUGUUGGUCUCGGUCAAGGACCAGAUGGAGGACUUUCUCCGGGGCUUCCACGACAUCAUCCCGGCCGAGCUGAUCUCCAUCUUCACCGAGCAGGAGCUGGAGCUGCUCAUCUCCGGCCUGCCCGACAUUGACAUUGACGACUGGCGCAGCCAUACCGAGUACCACAACUACAAUGCCGCCUCGCCGCAGAUCCAGUGGUUCUGGCGUGCCGUCCGCUCCUUUGACAAGGAGGAGCGCGCAAAGCUGCUGCAGUUUGUCACCGGCACGAGCAAGGUCCCGCUCAACGGCUUCAAGGAGCUCGAGGGCAUGAAUGGCGUCAACCGCUUCAACAUCCACCGCGACUACGGCAACAAGGACCGUCUGCCGAGCUCGCAUACGUGUUUCAAUCAACUCGAUCUACCCGAAUACGACAGCUACGAGAUCAUGCGGAGUCAGCUGAUCAAGGCUAUCACGGCGGGCAACGACUACUUUGGCUUUGCGUAA